UCCAGGGCAGGAGUACGCUUCUAUAAGCGAGGUGUAAGUAGUGACGGACACCCAGCUAACUUCGUGGAGACGGAACAAAUUGUCGAAACGAUAUCGGGCAGGGGCCGAAGGUUAACUUCUUUCCUGCAGACACGCGGUUCAAUUCCUCUAUUAUGGUCUCAGCGUCCCAAUCUUAAAUGGCAGCCAAUGCCUACUAUGAAACCCAGUGACGAUCAACUUUCGGCGUACGUAAAGCAUUUCGAACACCAGAAGAAGACUUAUGGAGGCCAACAUGUUAUUGUAAACCUUGUCAAUCAGACGGGCCGGGAGAAGAAGAUAGGAGCUGAACUCGAGAGGAUCAUUCAACAAGCUAAUCUUAAUUAUGUCAGGUACAAUCCGUUCGACUUCCACAAAGAGUGCCAUGCGAUGCAAUGGCACCGAUUGUCGCUAUUGAAGGACCAACUGCGGCACGAAAUAACUCAAUUUGGGUUUUUCGCCGCUUCUACCGAAGUGACAGAUACGGACCUUGUACAGCGGUACCAGGCUGGUUUCUUUCGAACGAACUGUAUGGAUUGCCUUGAUCGAACCAACGUGGUGCAAGCGAUGAUCGCUCGUGAGUCUCUUACCGAUCAACUGACAUUCCUGGGGAUUCUGGUCAGCGGACAAAGAGUUGAAAGUUGUGAAGAGUUGGAGACUUCCUUUAAGCACUUGUGGGCGGAUAAUGGGGAUGAAUGCAGUCGACAGUACGCCGGAACUGGUGCUCUUAAGGCGGAUUUCACUCGACUGGGUAAGCGGACGUACACUGGUGCCAUAAACGACGGUAUUAAUGCUAUUACACGAUAUUUUCGCAAUAAUUUUGCUGAUGGGUACAGGCAGGAUGCUAUGGAUGUGUUUUUGGGCAAUUUUAUAAUUGAUGUUCACAAUCUACCGUCUAGCUUAGAAGCUACGUUAAUAUCACUGGAUCAGAAUGGGAUAGCCCUUUUGGCAGCUUGCUUUGCUAUGGCAAUGACAAUACUAUGCGUUCUGGUCGCAGAAAACAUUUCCGCCACGUUCUUUUGGUUGGCCGUCUUUUUGGUAUGCAUGAUGUUUAUAUUCAUUAAUGGCGAGGACUUCGUGAAUGCGCCGAAAUUGAAGCGGGAUUAA